GCAAUGUCGUGGCUUAUCGUAGUAAUUUUGUUCACUACUAGCAGUAGUGUUUCUAGAAUUCGAACAGAGGAAAUUAGAGAUAAGACUGAAGAUGAGACACCAGUACAAAAAGGGGAGGAAGUGAUUAAAGUCUUAUCUGUACAAAGAAAUAGCCAUUUUAACACGAAUUUAAAUGACAAGAACAUGUAUGAAACAGUUGAAAAGAUGGAGAACAACACUUAUAUAUUAGGUUCUAGUCGUCAGUCAUCAAGUACCCAAACACGAACUGCUACGGUAUUUGGCGAUCCUAGACAUGAAAGGGUCUCCUAUGUCAUAUCAAAUUAUUCCAAUUUUCAAGGACAACCAAAUCAAAAGCAGAUAAUCACCAAAGAACCGGAGAGCGUAUGGAGUUCAAAUACUUUUCUUACUGGCAAUAACUUUGACAGUGCUGCUAAUAGGAACAUACGUUAUGGAUACACAGAGGAGAGCAAUCAAGUAUAUAAAUUACAAAGCGGUAAUAACCAGACCCAACCGACUAAUAUAGGACUAAAAGUGGUAUCUAUGUUGACAAAUAGCAAUUCUCAAGCCAGCGGAGGUAUGGAAAUGAAUGCAGAUUCGCGUAGGAUUUACGAAAGUAAUGUAUACAAUUUCGGAAAGGGAUCAGUAACUGGAAAUUAUACAAAAAAUGCUAAAGAAAUAAACACACUAAAUAUUGAGAAAAAUUCAUCAAAUACAAAGAAAUUCAACGAACCUAACCGACAAACGUGCUUAUCGUCUAAUUCUUUUUACACAUUUUUAUUUUUUUUCUUUAUAUUACUUAAAUAUUAUGCGUACUAAAAAUGUAUAUUUUUACUAAAUAUCAUAUAUUUUUUUUUUAUAUUUUUAGCAAACUUAGUGUUUUUAUCUCUUCCGAGUUAUCAGAAGAAUAAAUGGUUUGAGGA